AUGGAUCGCAAGACGCGGCGGGCGAACUUUAAAAACCUGCAGCCUCGAUCGACGCGGAGCACCAAGACAUCUGCUGAUUUAUUAUCACUAUCCAGUUUUUUUGCCCCACCCGAGGAUGCAUCUCCAUCUGCCAUUCCCGCAGAGCCUGAUCCCCCGGCACCCAAAAUCAAACCCAUACGCGCCAGCAAUGUGUUCGAAAAACCCGGACCCAAGCCCAAAAAGGCACCCAAACUCAAGGGGAGCAGUGGAUCAUCAUCAACUGGUGGUUCCCGUCGAGGACGCGGGAAGAGCAAACAACAGCCCAGCAUCAGUAACUUCCUGAGAAACGAGCAGAUCUUCGCCGAGGUAACCGCCCAGCACUGCAUGGCCGACAACUUCAGUCCGGAUGACAUUGAAAUGGCGCUGGCGCUAUCGAAGUCGGAGGCUGAGAAGCAGGGACGCCUGCGCCUGAACGACGAGGAGGAUGCAGUGGUGGACCUCAUGGAUGAUGAGGUGGAGAAAACGGAGAAAAUACGGCUCAAACUGCAGAAGUAUGGCUUUCGCACAGCCGCCAAGGAGGAUUACAAAUCCCUUGCGAUGCUGCCUGUAAUGGCUGGAAAAGGAGGCCGACGUGGCAAGUGGGCCAAUAAGUUCACUGCCCUGACUUUGCGCAAUCCCGAAGUGCAACAGAAGAAGCUGGAGGAGAAGGUGUCAGCAUUACUGGCUCAACAAAAGCGCACGAAGGAACCUGAGGGUUUAAUAACGCCCUACACAGUAAUCAGUUCUUUCCUUCAGCCACUAAGAGUUAAAAAAGAAUCUCAAAUCCUUCGAGAACCGAGCGAAGGUGCCAUUGAUUUAAGCGUAUACUACGUAACUGACUUGGUUGAAGUUAGUCAAACGCCUGCACACCAUCUUCUCAAGAAUUUUGCUGCCAUACAGGGAAGAGAUUUAUCUCCAGAGCGUGAAACGCCGAAAUCCCGCCAGUUGAGGCAGCAACUUGAACUGGUCUAUGCGGAGUUGGAAAAGCAUUUUGGAGAGGAACAAAGAUUGGAACAACAAGUGGCCGAGGAACUAGAUGAGUUGGAAAAGAUGGUGGCCGAGAACAUGAUCGAAGAUGACUCCAAAGUGGGCGAUAAUGUGGAGAUCGAAAUGUCGUCGAAUAGUAGCAGUCCCUCUAAAGAACCGCCAGAUAAGCGACCAAGGAUGGGAGUGGUUGAUAAAGAAAACCUCGAACCCACAACCUCAAAAGCCAGCUUAAGCAUUCCCACCCAAACUACGCGCUGCACCUCCCCCGAUCUCUUUGCAGAUUCUGAUGAUGAACCGGAUAUAGCAACGCCUUCUAUAUCCUACGAACCCAAAGAAGUUAAGGAACUUUCCAUGAGGGUCUACAAGAACAACAGUAUAAGUGAAAAAUCUUCUCCGGUUAAAGAAUUUGAAAUUAAAUCCAGCAUUGAGGAAGCUAGUCAAAUAACCACCUAUGAAGUGUUCUCUAGUUCCAGUGAUGAAGUAAAGACUGUUUUCAACGUUACACAGGCGACGAUUUCUUUUGAAGACAAACCCAAUGAUGACUUUAUUGAUCUAACCCAAGAGUUAGAAAUGGCAGAGUUUAAUGAACCAACCCCAAAAAUAGAAUCAUCUGAAACAGGCACUAGUUUCAGUUCCCAGGAGGAAAGAUGUCCCAUUUCCAAAGAGUUGUUCUUAAAGUAUGCAAAGGUGGAUACAAUUCCGCUAUGGAAAGUAGAUGAAGAUAAGGAUAACUUUUGCUUUACCGCCGAAAAAGACACAACGAGUUCCGAGCAGUCAUCAUUUCGUUUGGAUAUUCUUACCACUCCAAAUGACACUCAGCGCAGUUCGAGCUUUAGUGAAUUGAACUUCUCGAAGAACUCAAUGCAAAGGAGCAUUAGUUUGUCAACAGAUCACAGCUUUAAGAGCCUGUUAAAUUGGAAAAUGAACCUAUCACCUGAGAAGAGGGUAUCGCCUGUGGCCUCACCCUUUAGACAAUCGGAUGCCAGUGUGGAUUUGACUCAAAACAGCGAGGACGAAAACGACGAUGUGGUUCUGCUGUCCGAUGAGGAAAUCAAUUACUCCAUCUGGAAGGCCAAUAAGACGGUUAAGGUUGAGGACGACAGCUCAAACAGCUGCUUCGCUUCUCCGGUAACCAAAAAACGUGCUGUUCCACAUUUCCAAACUGAAGACGAUCUGGAUGCCUUUUUAAUGGGUUUCUCAACGGACGGAAAGGGGUCACAAAGUUCACAUUCCCCCAACAAGAGUGCUCUUAGCAAGGAGCGUGCUGAGUUUGGCAUUCUAGAUGCUGCUCCAUCCCAGCCGUUUAGUUUGUCUGAUCUCCAGAGCCCCGUCAAAAGAGACUCCCCAUCAAAUAGCCAAAUCAACUGGGCAGAAGCUUCGUUUUUAGAUGCACCCGUAAAGCCGUUGCCUCGCAGGAGUAGCCACAAAUUCAAUGAACUGCUGAAGAAAGUAAGCAAGCCUGAAAACAAUUCUGAUGACGACUUUGAUGAAUUCGAUCAGAUGGUUUUUCAAAACAUAAAGGACGCCGCUAUUGCUGCUGAGGAAAAUGUCAUGCCCAGUGGUCUGGAUCUUUUGUUAAAGGGGGAGAUUAAAACCACGGCAACUCCAGAGCCAAAGAAGCAAUCUUUGGAUGUACCAGACCAGGUGGAGGUAGAUGGAAAUAUUUACACCGUACGAGUUUGUAAUACCCCCAAGCCAGAUUUCACUACUCUUUCGGAAUCAGAGAUUCUACAGCGGCUUUACAACUACGGCAUAAAACCACUGAAACGCAAACAGGCCGUGAAAAUGCUAGAAUUUAUCUACAAUCAAACGCAUCCUAUAAUGCAGGCUUUGCCAACCAGAACAGAGCCCAUUGUCCGUUCCAAAUCAACUCCCGUAAUGAUGGAGAAACCCCGCUCAAAACUAAAGAAAUCAACAACAGAAGCCUCCCUGACGCCAACUGAGCCGAAAAAGGAUUUCAAAUUUAAAGAUGCCUCUGGCGAGGAGCUACUGCGUUUCUCCCAAUCACUUCCGCCGAGUCUUUGCGAUGAUUUCGAGACCUUUGUCACGCAAACGAACGUUUCCAAGAAGACGGCACAGCCGCUGGUGCCACUCCACAUCGCCUGGCACAACCUUCUCUGCGCCAAUCCGCAACUGCACGAGAGUGUUCUCAUGUACGAGCCCAUUGAUCUGCAGGAAGUCUAUUUAUACUUGAAGCAGAUGGGUCAUCGGUACGAUCCCAAGGACUUGAAGACCUUCUUUGACCGGCGUUGCAUUAUCUUUCGCUAUGAAUUGGUCGCUCCCGGAAAACAAGCGGAUCGCCAUGUGCGGAAGCACCCUAAAAAGGCCUCUAAAAAGAAGUAGAUCCUAACUUUAACUUACUGCAUCUAUAGUUAUUCGAUUCCUUUGUACUUAUACCUUACUCCGAAUGCUUUGUAUUAAUUUCUAUUACUAUCGUAGAAUGUUCUAUUGAAUAAGACAUUGUUAUUUAGCAUAUUGCGAUUAAAAAUUAUUAUCUGUGAAAUUUAUAAACUA